GUCUAGAUCUUUCAAGCAACAGAAUUGGUGGUACCAUACCAAGUUGGAUAUGGAGCUCCAGUCUUUCCUACCUGAAUUUGUCAUGCAACUUGUUCACAAGUGUUGAGGGGUCUUUCUCCAAUUCUUCCACUGACAGUGUUCGUAUCGAUCUCCACUCUAACUUGCUUCAAGGACCAACUCCUCUUCCUCCACCAAAUAGUGUUUUUGUGGACUACUCAAACAACCUCUUCACUUCUUCCAUCCCAUUUAACAUAUCAUACUACCUGAAAAAAACUAUAUUCUUCUCAUUGUCAAAUAAUAGUCUCACGGGAGAAGUCCCCUCAUCAAUUUGUACUGCAACAGAACUCUAUAUUUUUGAUAUCUCUCACAACAAUUUGAGUGGCUCGAUACCAGCUUGCCUAUUGGAAAGUCUCAUCCACUUGAGAGUGUUGAAUGCUCGGGAGAAUAGUUUUCAAGGAAGCAUGCCUCAAAAGGUCAGCUCAAGAUGUGCUAUACAAACCAUUAACCUCAAUGGAAACAAGUUAGAAGGGGUGGUACCCAGCUCAUGGGCCAACUGUGCUGAGCUAGAAGUCGUAGACCUUGGUAGGAAUAAGUUGGCAGACUCUUUCCCACAUUGGCUGAUGAACCUUUCUGCACUGAAAGUCUUGGUUCUCAAAAAAAACAAAUUCUUUGGACAUCUGACUGGAAUUUGCAAAGAGUGCUUUAAGAGCAUGAAGGCGAUGAUGGUUCAUCAGGGACAGACGGAGACAAUUGGAUACAGGAAUGAUAGUUCAAGCGCACCAUAUUAUCAAGACACGAUUACUGUUAAUUUGAAAGGGUUUGAGAUCCAACUAGUAAAGAUUUUGUCUACCUUCACUUCCAUCGAUUUGUCAGAUAACCAAUUUGUGGGAAAUAUUCCUCAAGUUCUUGGUGAUCUUAAGUCCCUUCAUUCUUUGAACAUGUCACUUAAUGCUUUCACUGGUGAAAUUCCACGGGUAGUCGGAGAUAUGAGUGAGCUAGAGGCAUUGGACCUCUCAGGAAACCAAUUAUCAGGAGUGAUUCCGAGUUCUCUAACCUCCCUGACCUUCUUGGCUUUCUUGAAUCUGUCAAACAACAAUUUGAUUGGCAGAAUACCACAGAGCUACCAGUUCUUCACAUUCUCAAAUUCAUCAUUUGAAGGGAAUCCAGGACUGUGUGGGAGCCCAUUAUCAAGGGAUUGUAUUAAUUCAACUAGUGUGGAGCCAUCUUCAAAUUCUACGAAUACACCCACAGAGUUUGACAUGGACAAGAUUUGGUUCUGGAUGUUCACAGGAUUGGGUUAUGGAGUUGGAUUUGCAGCGGCCAUUAUCUAUCUAUUGUUCUUUCCCAAGUGGAAAAUGUGGUACAAGAGGAGGUUCAUGAACAGAUAAAGACAUACAUUUCUAAAACGAGAGGACAUUCCUUCUUCUGUAAUCAUCAAAGAAACUAUUUCAAAGGCCAAGCUAUGACUUCGGGUACCAUACUUAUAAUUUAUAUGUAUACAAUCAGAUAGUUGAUAAAUACCAUGAAUGCAAUAUUGUACUUUUCUCCUUGUCUUGCUGAUUCUCUGACAACUGCAACUGAAAUGUGUUCUGUGCAAGAGAUCAUCACUUUGUGUUUUUUUCUGUUUUCUGGCUACAACCAUGUUAAUUGCAUACUCAAUUCAGUUACUAAUGAAUGGAUGAUGGCCAUGUGUUUGCCUUCUUUAUUCUCCA